GCUCUGUCUUAAGCCUGGAACACACCAAGCCGACGCAGACGAACUAGUGGCAACGAAAACAGAUUGCAGGAUCGCCUCACGUCGGCAGCGUCUGUGUCCAGAUUUGCCCUGACACACCAAACCGAUUCUUGACACCUGACGGCCAACUAGCACGUCCGUUCUGCGCCUGCGUAGGAAAUACCUUUCCGUACCAGCAGGUGGCAGUAGUCUUGGAAGUAGUUACUCAAAGCGGGAAACCGGAAGAAGCUACAGGGAUCCAAACCAUAUACAAAGAUCAAGCAAAUCAGAGUCUCGCCAUCCACAGACGGAUUUGUGAUUUUUUGGAAAUGGCUGACAAGUUGCAAAUGGCACUGGCGUUGUCAGCCCUUGGUAUUUUGCUUGUGGAAAAGGAAAGAAAUAAUCGGACGCGAAAAAUACGCAGAAAGCGCACUAAAUGGGUGAAACCAUGGAUUCUCCAGAAACAGGCUCAUGGGGCUUUCCCGAACCUGUGUAGAGAGCUGGAACUAGAUGAAACCUCCGAUUUUAAAAAUUUUGCACGGCUUUUUCCGAUUCAAUUUAACACUUUAAAGGAACUUAUCACUCCAAUUAUACAGAGGAAAAACACAAACUACCGGGAUUGUAUCUCAGUUGGGGAACGUCUGAUGGUAACACUACGGUUCCUGGCAACAGGAGAAAGCUUCAAGAGCCUUUCUUACCAGUUCCGAGUGGGAAUGUCUACGAUUCAGCAAUUCGUUCCCGAAACCUGUGCAGCAAUCUACCAGGUCUUAAAAGAGAAAUACCUGAAGUGCCCAGACACAGUGGAAGAGUGGCAGCGAGUUGCCAUUGGAUUCCAGGCUCAGUGGAACUUCCCAAACUGCCUGGGUGCUCUGGAUGGGAAACACAUCAACAUUCGUCCCCCACCAGGAACUGGAUCGACAUUUUACAAUUACAAGCGCACAUUUUCCAUUGUUCUAAUGGCAUUGGUUGACAGCAAUUACAGAUUCCUUUAUGUUGAUGUGGGCUGCAAUGGGCGUGUUUCAGAUGGUGGAGUGUUUGGUGGAUGCUCUUUACAGGAUGCUUUAGAGAAAAGAACAUCGAACAUACCUGCACCUGCACCACUUCCUGAAUCUGACCAGCUGGCCCCUUACUGCAUUGUGGCAGAUGAGGCAUUUCCCUUGAAGGAAUAUCUCAUGAAGCCAUAUCCAAACCGCAGACUAUCUGUUGAGCAACGCAUAUUCAACUACAGGCUUUCGCGAGCUCGGAGGGUGGUUGAAAAUGCAUUUGGCAUCCUGGCAAAUCGCUUUAGAGUUUUUCUAACUACCAUUAAUAUUCAAAACACUGCCAAAGUUGAGGACAUUGUGUUGGCUUGCUGUGCUCUGCACAACUUUCUGCGUACAGAGUGCUGUGAAGCAUACAUGGCAGCAAUUGACCAGGAAGGACUAGAUCAAGACCCCGGCCUAGAGCAGGCCUCUCUGCCACACACAACCAACAGUACUUCAAAUGCCAAACAGCUCAGGGAUAAACUGUGCCAGUACUUUAAUUCAGACAUUGGUGCAGUCCCCUUUCAAUGGGGCAAAAUAUAA